AUUGUGGUUUUUAAGAUGUGGGAAAGCUAGCGAGCUAGUUCUUGGGAGGCUUUGGGAUCCUGGCUUCAUCACUCACUUGAUUAAUUAUUUCAUCAAGUCUUUAGGCGAUAAAUAAAUAAGGAAGACAACAAGGUCCAAAGAGCCAGUGUGUGUAUGGUUUUCGGUAAUAGUCCACAAGCAGAGAAAAGGGCCGAAGCCCAAGCGCCCAAGAUAAAGAGGGUUAGGCCCAAUAUUGAUUAGAGUAGGCCCACAUGAAGCAUUAUCCGAAAUUGGGAAAUGAAGAUGUGGCGAUGUGGCAGCCACGUGGCAAGAGCACCUUAUCCAAGAAAAACCGUUGCCUCUCGUUUAAGAUUUUUAACCCAUCAUCAUAUCAUCUCAUCAUCCUCGAUUCAUCUUCCUCUUACUGUUUGUGUAAGCAUGGCUUCCACCACAAUGCCCUCUAUAGCCCCUUCGCAGCUAUGUUCUAGGAGGAGUGGGGUACUGUGCCCCUCAUCGUCAUGUUCAAGGAAAGAGGUGAAGAUUGGGAAGGGAAAAGGGAUGAGAGUGGUAUGCAUGGCGACGAGUAUUCCAGCUGACAGAGUACCUGACAUGGGGAAGAGACAGCUCAUGAAUCUUCUCCUCCUUGGUGCUGUUGCUCUCCCCUCUACUGGAAUGCUCAUUCCUUAUACCUAUUUCUUCGUCCCUCCUGGUUCAGGAUCUGCUACUGGUGGUACUGUUGCAAAGGAUGCACUUGGAAAUGAUGUGCUUGCAGACCAAUGGCUCAAGGCGCAUGGACCUGGUGACCGUACACUUACACAAGGAUUGAAGGGAGAUCCAACGUACCUUGUGGUGGAGAAAGACAGAACACUGGCAACAUAUGGGAUUAAUGCGGUGUGCACUCACCUUGGUUGUGUGGUGCCGUGGAAUGCAGCGGAGAACAAGUUCAUCUGCCCUUGCCAUGGAUCUCAGUACAAUGACCAAGGAAGAGUUGUCAGAGGACCUGCUCCUUUGUCUCUGGCAUUGGCGCAUUGUGAUGUGGAUGAUGGGAAGGUGGUGUUUGUUCCAUGGGUUGAGACUGAUUUCAGAACCGGUGACGCUCCCUGGUGGGCUUAGACUACUCUUCUUCCAUUCUCACACCUCCCACAUACACAUAUCAUCAUAUGUAAUCUAUAAUUCAAACUCUUAUCUCUUCUCCUAUUCAUAUAUAAACAUGUUUUGUAAUCAAUAUGCUAGUAUAUAACAUAAGAAGGAACCUCGUAAUUCUUCUCUUGCA